GCACCACCUCAUCAGCUCAGCCAGCUCCCAUCCCGCCAGUCAGCACAGCUCCAGCUCUGCUCCUGCUCGGCAAGGCUCGACCCCAGCUCCAGCUCACAAUAAAAUGGUCCGAUAGUCAUCAGCCAUGACGAUCCCUUCCUUGCUGUUGACCCAACCCGGCUUCUGAUACUAACUCCAUUGCCCACGCCUUCUGGUCUUGCGCUUCCAUGCGCUUCUUCCUGUCUGACAUGAAUUGAGCGAGCUGCAUUACUGCCGUCGACAGAACAUCUCUUCGAUCCAUCCCUCCCUUCCUGGCCUGACCAGACACAAGAUCGCUCUUGUACAGACGGUCCUGACGGUUUUCCUCCCCAUUGCCAGCCAUGGAGAAGUUCUCCCAGUUCCGGGAUAGAGGCUCCGGCAUCUCCCCCUUCAUCCCGCACACCGCGCCCUCCAGCACCCCAGCCAAGCUCAUGCACCUGGCCCUCUUCGUCUUCCGCCUGCCCUUCCUCGUCUCCUAUGUGGCCUUCUACUUCCUGCUCGCCCAGCACGUCCCGCUCCUCCCGCAGGCCCUCAACAAGCUCCUCGUCUGGGCCCUCCUCGCCAUCCCCCAGAUCUGGUGGGGCGACCUCCAGCUCGACGGCGUCAAGCGCGGCUCCCUCUCCCAGCAGCCCCCCGGGCGCAUGCCCUCGGCGCCCCCGGCCUCCGUCAUCGCCGCCAGCUUCACCAGCCCCGUCGACGCCGUCUACCUCGCCGCCGUGUUCGACCCCAUCUUCACCGUCAGCUACCCGCGCAGCAGGAGGGUGUCCAGGGUCGGCCUGUGGGGCGCCAUCUGGCACGCCCUGAGCCCCGCCCAGCUGCGCGCCGGGCCCCCAUCCGGCACCGACGGCAGCCUGACCACCGUCGACGCCCUGCUCGCCGAGAACCCGGGCCGCGUCGUCGUCGUCUUCCCGGAGUGCGCCACCACAAACGGCCAGGGCAUCCUCCCCUUCAGCCCGAGCCUGCUGACCGUCCCCGCCGGCGUCAAGAUCUUCCCCGUCAGCAUCCGCUACGCCAGCCCCGCCAUCACCACCCCCGUCCCCGGCGCCUGGGCCAGCUUCCUGUGGCGGCUGCUCAGCCGCCCCACCCACGUCAUGCGCAUCCGCAUCGCCGAGGCCGUCUAUAACACCGCGGGCGCCGUCAACGGCGUCGGCGCCGCCGAGGCAUCGGGCGUGGACGUGCCGGCCAGGCCCUCCUCCGGCUCGGCCGCCGAGCCCGCCAAGAUCACCACCGAGGAGCGGCGCGUGCUGGACCGCGUCGCGGAGAACCUCGCGCGGCUGGGGCGGAACAAGAGGGUCGGCCUCACGAUCGAGGACAAGGCCAAGUUCGUCGAGGCUUGGAAUAGGAAAUAGGUGUAAGGGGUGGGGGCUGAAGUGAAGAGGGGACAUCUCGAUGGCAUGUGAGGUGGUGAAUUGACUGACUGACCGGUGCGACGGAGGCGGUUCGACCGAAAAUCUGCAUGGCUGAGGUGUUUUUGGGGUCUAUAUUACGGCUUUUGUGUUCUUAGAUAUAUCCCCACGAGCCAAGUAUGCUUCAUUGGCUGGCUGCGUGGCUUUAUGAUGCAGUCGGAGAUCUUAAAAAAAUUACUUUGGUUUUUUCCC